CUUUUCACAGAGUUCUUCAAGUCGUGGUUCCUCAUUUGCUUUCUCGGUGUUCAACCUAAUGAAUGCAAUCAUGGGCAGUGGGAUACUUGGCUUAUCCUAUGCUAUGGCCAACACAGGGAUCAUGGGCUUUAGUGUCUUGCUGCUGACUGUUGCCAGCCUUGCUUCUUACUCUGUGUUUCUUCUGCUCAGUAUGUGCACUCAGACUGCUGCCACAUCUUAUGAAGACCUUGGCCUGUUUGCCUUUGGAUCAGCUGGAAAGGUCCUGGUUGCAACUACAAUAAUUAUCCAGAAUAUUGGAGCCAUGUCAUCUUAUCUGUUAAUUGUGAAGUCCGAGCUUCCUGGGGCUGUUGCAGGAUUCUUGAGUGGAGCCGAGAGCGGGUCUUGGUACCUCGAUGGGAGGCUGCUGCUGCUCAUUACUUCAGUCUGCAUUGUUUUUCCUCUUGCCCUUCUUCCUAAAAUUGGCUUUCUUGGCUACACAAGUAGUUUAUCAUUUUUCUUUACGGUGUACUUUACUCUUGUGGUUAUGAUUAAAAAAUGGUCAAUCCCUUGUCCUCUACCUCUGAGCAGUGCCAUAGAGGCUUUACAGGUUUCAAAUUCUACUGGGGAUUGUAAAGCAAAGCUCUUUCAUCUUUCAAAAGAGAGUGCUUAUGCAAUACCAACCAUGGCCUUCUCUUUUCUCUGCCAUACCUCAGUCUUACCCAUCUACUGUGAACUCCAAAGUCCAUCCAAAAGUAGAAUGCAGAAUGUAACUGUCACAGGAAUUGGCCUGAGUUUCCUAAUUUACUUUAUAUCUGCUCUGUUUGGGUACCUGACAUUUUAUGACAAAGUGGACUCUGAAUUGCUACGAGGUUACUCCAGGUACCUGCCCCAUGAUGUGGUCAUCAUGACUGUUAAAGUAGCCAUCCUGUUUGCUGUGCUCUUGACAGUCCCUCUAAUCCAUUUCCCAGCAAGGAAAGCUCUGUUGAUGGUAUUUUUCUCUCAUCUUCCCGUGUCGUGGAUUUGCCAUAUCCUUGUCACUUUAACACUGAAUACAAUUGUUGUUUUGUUUGCAAUGUACGUGCCAGACAUUAAGAAUGUGUUUGGAGUAGUUGGUUCAACCACAUCAACGUGUUUGCUUUUUGUAUAUCCUGGACUAUUUUAUCUUAAACUUAGCAGAGAGGACUUCAUAUCACCACAGAAACUUGGGGCGUGUGCCUUGGUUAUUUUUGGCAUUUGUGUUGGCCUUCUGAGUUUAGUUCUGAUAAUUUACAAUUGGAUUGAUCAGUAGCAGCCUAUUGACACUGUCUGAACUGAGCUUCAGGAGGACAGCAAGAACCAGAGACGUGGCAACACUACUGCAGUGAAGGCUGGACAUCCUAAAGAAACACUGACCAAAGCUGCCUGUGGAAGAAAUAAUGCUCUUUUCAACUACAUUUGUGAUGGUCCUGCUUUAAUCUGCAAUCACUCUCUUCAGUUGCUGGACAAUUAAUUAGUUUUUGCCGUUCUGAAAGACUGGUUUUUAAUGAUGUAACAGUGACAGGUGAAAAGGUCUCUUGAGAAUUUCUGCGGUGCAAAAAUGGUUAUGGGGCAGAUACUGAACAAAAGUAGAACUUUGGAAUAACUCCCCCUUUAAAGACAACGAGGUGAACAGAUGUUAUAUCAGUCAUUAUGUGCAUAUCAUGAUACUUCCAGUUAGGAUAAUGCACGUUAUCCUAAACUGUGCAAGACCUCCAUUGCUUGAAUAAUUUCCAAUAUUUCAGCCAGUUCAUAGUAAGAACUUUCUGAUUCCGAGUGUUUACCUUAAUUUAUCCUAAGAUGGAUCCAGAAACCACCUGCCUUAGCCCAGUUUAAUGGGCACGUCAUGAUAAUAUUUGUUAAUUGCUUUUUGAAAUAUAGUUUUUGUGUGUCAGCACACUUAAAUCAUUCUGUUGCAAUUGUUAAAUUAGCAGGCUUUACCCAUCAAGCAUAAUAGCUUUUAGUAGCAUUAGGAAGUAUUUUCAUUUUUCAGUUAGUAAUAGACAUUUUUCAAUUAGUAUCUGCUUUUGAAUACUACUCAGUAUACCUCAGUAUUUCUCCCAGUAAAAGACUUUCUUCUUUUUCUCUCUUAUUCCCAUUUUCACAAGUGUUACAGGUUUGAACUAGAGUGUUUCCAUGUUUUAUGUCCUGUUGUGCGUCAGAGAAGGUUUGGGCUUGAAAGGUGAAAAUCUGUCUCUGUUGAAGACAAAGGGAAAUUUUACAUUUGUGGGACUUUACCUCAGAUCUCUAUAAACUUCCAUGUAGUCCUUUAUAAUUCCUUUUUUUCCCCCUAAAUGCAACGUGAAUGCAAUUUUCAACACCAGCUGGGCUUUGUUGAAUACAGUAUUGAGUGCCCCCCAAAAAAGUCCUCCUGUUGGUAGAAUGGGAGCAGUGGCUGGUAUCCUGGUAAGGUUUUUAACAUUUGUUUCUGUCAGGUGGCAUCUCAUGGCUCUAAAGUGGCCUAAUUUCUUCAGGGCCUUCCUGCCCUAAGGAAGCAAAGCCUGAUUAAAUGUGCUUGAUCCUCACCUGUCUAAUAGGGAGGAACAACAAAGAGUAGAGUUGGAAUCACUUUCUCUAUUCCCGAGCCUGAAAACCAGGAUUUCUCAUGCCAACAGAUCACUUGACUUUCUUGGGAUCCAUAAGAUACUUUUCAUUUUUGAUGGAUGGCCUGAAAGCACCCGGGUGGUGCAGCUUGGUACUGCCUCAGGAAUCCUUUUUGCUUGGAAAUAUCCUUCUACUUAGGGGUUUAAUAUAGAAACAGACAUGUGUGGUGAGGCCUGGGAACUAACUCAGAAGUUUUGGUAGGUUACCAAAGAAAAGAAUCCCUGGAAAAUAUACUGCAGUUAUUUUUAUAAUAAAGUUUCUAGCAGAGGUUUUAUGAUUCCAGGUGAACCAUCUAGUUUGGCAGUACCAGAAACAGCAUGUCCCUUCUUGGCCAGGAGUUUCCAACUCGUUCUGUGGCACUGGCAGUGGCUCCUGUCAGCUUGUUUAACCAGCAGAAAACCAACAUGACUGAGAGGUGUGACAUAUUAUCUGCCAAAAAAAAUUAAUUUCACUUUAUUGUUGUAGUUCUCCCGACUUGUUUAACUCUUGAUAACCAGGUGUAGCUGCCCUCUCAUAGCUGUGUCUCAUGGGCUUCAUUGCACUACAGGGAUUCAGACACUCAGGGAAUCUCUGGCAGUACUGUAAAAAGCUAAAUAUGUACCUUACAAAAGUGUGCCUUCAGCAAGCAAUGACAGCUGUACAUCAGCAAGUGAUUUUCUGUGUGACUGAACCAAAACUUCAUAGGAAAACAGAAGACCUUACAUUGAUGAGAAUGAACUCAGGGAUUUUUGUCAGACACUAGAAUUUAGGUAGUGUAUUUAUUAAAAUUUUUAUGGAAAUUCUUUCUCAUUUAUUAUCUGCUCUUGUAGAUACUGUAGAGUGUACCUGUAGGACAUCACUACAGUCACUUUAUUUUAAACUAACCAGCAAGGCUUAACUCUGAAUACUUAGAUGAUCUGUGAGGGGACAGGAAGUUGGCAAAGCUUUACUAACCUUUUGCUCUUUCCUCGUCCCCCUGAAAAAACUGAGUCUUGGCCAUGCUCUGUUGCCCCCAGGCAGUUGGGUUUGUGUGCAUCCUCUUAAAAAUGUGACUGAGAAAAUACCUGAAAUGCAGUGUUAAUUUUACAGUGGAUUCCUGUCAGGCUGCAGAAAUCACUACAGUAUUGUUUUUAAUCCCUGGGUAUUAUCCUAACUAGCCUGGCUAUCCACUGACUGUCCUGGUAGGUAGACUUUGGAAUGAUGAAUGCCAGUGUAUGAAGUUAAUACUUGGUGAGGAUGAAUGGAAGCAAUUCACAGCUCUGCUGAGCUCUAUUAUUACAUUUUGGCUGUGGUGCAGAAGGGAUAGCACAGGGGGUUACAGGAUGUCUGUUACCCUUCAUCUGAAAAAAGAGUUAGAAAUGCUGCUACUUCUAAGUUUCUAUAAUGCUUAAAAUAUGGAGGGAGGGAGAGGGGCAGAAAGAAAAGGAACUUCUGUUGCCAAAUGUAGGAGUAGGUAUGAGCGUUGUCCACAAUGAAAAAGCAGAGUAAGAGCACUAUUUUCAUCUUCCACAUCUCCCAUGGCCAUUCUGUGCCCUGUGUGUGUGUUUUGCUACAACUGAGUACUUGCAUGAAUUUUUUUGAGGAAAACAGGCCUCCAAUCUGGAACUCUCUGCUCACUCAAAUGCUGAGAAAUAUUUUCUUCUUUAUUCUUGUGUCUGGAUUUUUUUUUUGCUUCCAAAUUUCCAGAUUUAUAAAUUUCAGUGAUUCUGCUUUAUUACAUGUCAUUGGCAUUUUCUAACCUUUUCUGAAGACUGGACAGGAAUGGAUGAAAGGGACCCGCAGCAUUUGUGAACUCCCUUGGCAAGAUUCCCUUUCCCCAGCUGAGCAGGAAGAACAAUGUAAGAGAUGAAAAUUCAUUGGUUGCCUUUGAUUUAUUUUCUCUGUUUCUCCUGUUUCCAUCCCUUCUCCAUUUGAAGGCUGCUCAGAUUUCAGCUGGGCUGUGGCAAGCUGGGUGUGGAGAGUAUCUUUUGUAACCAACAUGGCAGGAAGGAGGCUGACAAACAACAGCCCUCAAAACUGGGCUUUGCAUUGUGGCAAAUGCUCAUCUUUUAUUCCCAUAUUUCUAAGCAGUUUGGAUCUUAAUAUAUUGAUUUCUGUGGCAGGAGUUUGUUUGAAAUUGUAUAGUGAAAAUUGAGACACAGUCAAACUGUCCUGUCCUCUUCUCUUUAGACCAGGGUUAGUGACCUCUGUGGAUAUUUUGCCAAUAUGGCCCAGCUCAUUUUAAAUGAAUUCCUGAAAUUAAUUUUGAGGAUUGUUUGUGAAGAAUAUGAAGCACUUUCAUUAGCAUCAGGUUACACUGGUAUUACUAUAAAAAACAGAGAUAGACAUAUUUAUCAGUGGAUAACUUAAAAUACUUCGAGAUUAGUCGACUUGUUUCCAAAUGUCCCUACUUAAGGAGAUGGAAAUUUAUAUUUCUGUAGUGGGCUUCCUAAUGUGCUCUUCUGAUUAAAGACUGAAGUUCACAUCAGUCCAGGAGCUCGAGUAACAUUGAUUGUUGUAGAACUCCUUUCCCAGUUAGAUUUAUUUUAACACUUUACCUGAGAUUGUUGGUUUACAAUUGACUUUCAUGUUGAAAGCAAUCACUGUAUUUUCUCUGCCUUCAGAGAAACCUUUGGAUAUGUUUACUGCUACUGCCAGUGGGAGAGAAUUUUCAGUAUUAUAAAAGCACUGCCUAAUUUCUGCAGUUUGUUCUGGUGGUUUUGGUAUUUGCAUUUCAGUUGUGAUCAUCCAGGCACGCUUCAUGUGGAAAUGGAAUUCUCGAAAGAAAUUCAUGUAAUGAUCUGUGUGUAAAAAUUGCCCAGCUCAUGUCAAACCACACUCUGUGUGGUACAACAGAUUUUCCUUUUUGAGUUCUCCUUGCCUCAGGUUCGCUGCAGGACAGCCGAGGCGUGUCCCCAGAAAAGCCAAACAGAAAAUAAAGAACAGUACUUGUGUAA